CUAAUGCAUUCUGAAAGUUGCGUCCUGUGACAAUUUAUUAAAUAAUAAACGUAUACUUAUUGAAAAAGUAGUAAAAUAAUAAAAACAUCAAAAUGGAGGAAAAACUACGCCAAAUGGAAGAUGAAAUGAACAGAUUCGAGGCCGAAAUUGGCAGUCAAUUAGUCACGCCAAUGGUGAGGCCUGUAAUCGGUGCAAAUACGUAUAAUCAGGUAGCUAGACAAUUGGAGCAACAUGAGCUUCCAACGCCUGUCGUUGCUGCUGCCGCAGCUACGUUAGCUUUUCCUCCGAUGAUAGGAUUUCCACCUCCACCGCCCCCACCACCACCACCACCACCUCCUCCACCACCAAUGUUAAUACCACAGCAAGUAUCAAGACAAGGUACGGUUUCCUCUAUUACAACAUAUUCGUCGCCCGCUCAGAUAAGUAAUCCGUAUUUACCAAACAUGGUGGACACGUGUUUAACCGCUACUCCGAAAACAUACGAAUCUGCGUCUACACCGAUGAUUCAUCCAGAAAUUAUUGAACAGAUUAUCAAUACAAAGAUCCCCGAGGAUGACAGCAAAAAGAAGCCAAAGGUGAAAGGUGUUAGCACAGCUGCAGAAUUGGCAAUUAGUCAAGGAAAGGCUAGUUCCAUAAUGGCAAAUGCCAGUGCAGAAGAAACUCAUCCAAAGGGCAAAGGAAAGAAAAAUAAGAAAAUCGUACGAAUGGCUGGCGGACAGAUAUGGGAGGAUCCUUCUCUAUUGGAGUGGGACGAAGAUGAUUUCCGAAUAUUUUGCGGGGACUUAGGGAACGACGUCACGGACGAAAUGUUGGUGAGAGUGUUUGGUAAAUAUCCAAGUUUCCAAAGAGCCAAAGUAGUCAGGGAUAAACGAACAAAUAAAACGAAAGGAUUCGGAUUCGUAUCGUUCAAGGAUCCUCAGGACUUCAUCAAAGCCAUGAAAGAAAUGAACGGGCGAUACGUUGGCUCGCGACCUAUAAAGCUGCGAAAAAGCUCGUGGAAGCAGCGGAAUUUGGAGACAGUGAGGAAGAAAGAAAAGGAGAAACAGGCUUUGAUCGGUUUGUUGACGGGUCGGUGACGUGGUUUCGUUCUUUCCCUCGUUGUCGCCUAGAAAACAUCGUUGGUUCUGUUAAAACAGUUGCUGCAGAGCAUUCGUACAUCCGGCACGAGAGAAUCUCUCCUCGCUAAAAACUAGUUUGCCAAAACAAACUGCAUUCUAUCAAUCGCAAGGUCUCUUUUUGCGCCGGUUUGUACAUGAACAAUUUCCAUUACGAAAGCUUGACAACUAGCUGAGUGUUGUAAUUAAUAAAAAUCAAUAUAUUCAGCGUCUACGAGUUUUGUCAUGUAGGUACGAAGACACGACUGGCUAUGUAAAAGUAUAUAGAAUAAGUGCAAAUAAAUUCCGUGUAUUACCGUAUGUUAUUGCUAAGGCGUGAAAUGAAGCGAGCACAUAUGUAUGUAUCUCCAGAAAUGUGUAAAAUAUAAAUAACAUCAGUCUUUUGUUUCGCUAAGAGAAAGAGAGAAACGUCGAGUAAUAAAGAGCUUUCUAUCAGAUCGA